UUAUAGUUGUACUUCCGGUUGAAAGGUCAAUCCAAGAUGGCGCCGUCCAAGAAGAAACAUGCCCAUAGCCAUCCCUGCAUCAUUCCUGGGGGAUUUACGGUUCUCUCCUUAAAGUUUAGUUCCGACAGCGGCGCGCGGCACUCUCUGUAUGUUAAGGAACACAAAGUGCGUGAAGAAAAGAGUGCUCGCAGACCACUGGACCGAACUUUAUUUGUACUAAACAUCCCACCAUACUGUUCUGAGGGUGUUGUCAAAAGUUUAUUCUCCCAGUUCGGCGUAACUGAAUCAGUUGAGUUGAGAGACCACCCGGGUUCCUUUCAGGAAUCAGGACCCAAAGUGUCCAAGAUCUUCAGACCAGCUGAAAAACAGGGUUUCAAAGUGGGCUACAUUACAUUCGAAAAAUCCUCUAGUUUGUCGGUAGUUAAAUCUCACCCACAUGAUGUUCCUUUGGUGGUCUGCACGGAGCAGCGUCCAGUUACGACAGGAGUACAAAAAUGGAUCCAGCAGUACACGGAGUCCUUCAUCCACCCGGAAAAGCUGCAAGAAAUAGUCGACUCUUUUAUGCAGAACUACGACAAGUUUAAAGAAGAGGAAGCGGAGCGGCAGAAGCAGGAGGCCGAGCAGCAGGAGGAGGAAGAAGAGGGCUGGGUAAAAGUCACAAGAGGUCACAAGGGUGCCAAAGCUCGACCUCACAGUGAGGCCGCCAACCAGAAGACUUUACAGAGGGAGAAGAAGAAGACGAAGAGGAAGGAGCUCAUGAACUUCUACACCUGGCAGCACAGGAACACACAGAAAGAACAUAUUGCGCAGCUGAGGAAAAAGUUUGAGGAGGAUAAACAGAGAAUAGCUCUACUGAGGGCACAGAGAAAGUUCAGACCUUACUGAGUCUAUUACCCAAAAUCUCUUUCUUCCUCAUGUCAAUGCUUUUGUUUUAGUUACAUCAUAUCCCUGAACCUUUUUGUUAUUGUGAAUAAACUAUCAUUUUGAUUGA